AUGAUCGAUGACCGGCUAAACUUCAACAACCACGUCGAAUAUGCCUGUGAGAAGCCUUCGAAAGCCUUUAACGCGAUAGCUAGAAUCAUGCCGAACAGCGCUGGUCCCAGCAGUAACAAGAGGCGUUUUUUGGCCAGUGUGUCAACGUCGAUACUGAGGUAUGGAGUUCCAGCCUGGGUUGCAGCGCUGGAAACGAAGCAGAACCAAAGGAAACUGAGCAGUACGUUCCGGCUCCUGGCCAUGCGAGUUGUGAGUGCGGCCAGAACCAUCUCGUCGGAAGCAGUAUGCGUUAUCGCCGGUAUGAACCUUAUCGGAGAAAAGCCGGAAGAGUACGGGAAGUUGUGA